AUGGAACGUUCAUGUGUUCAACUGGAGAAUUUACCAGAUGAAGUUCUUCUGAUUAUUUUCCAAAACUUGUACAAUUGUGAUGUACUUUAUUCUUUCUUAGGUCUUAAUACGCGACUUGAUACAAUUCUAAAUGAUAGAAUUUUUACAAGAAAUUUAACAUUAAUAAAAUCUAUUCAUAGUUCAUCAUAUGAAUUCACUGAUAUAAUACUUGAUCGAUUUUGUCUUGAAAUUUUACCUAGAAUCAAUGAUAAAAUCGAACGACUUAAUAUUGAAUCAUCAUUUAUGGAACGUAUUCUUCUUGCAACAAAUUAUCCUAAUUUACAUACACUUGGUUUAUAUGGUUUUGUAGCAGAAACAGGGGGUGAAGUCUUUUAUGAGGGAAGUUAUUUAAUUCAUCGAUUUCAAAAUCAAAUUUCAUCACUUUUUAUUCAGUUGAAACCACAUAAACCAAUACCAGGUGCAUCUGGAUAUGCAGUACAGGAUAGAAAAAUAUUUAUAUUUAUUAACAUCUGUAAUCAUUUCAAGAAUUUACGAUAUUUAAAUUUCAGUUCAUCUUCUAUUUAUGAACAAUUAGCAUUUUAUAGGCCAAUUUCAACUAAUUUCUCUUCAAAUUUAUUAGAAUUACAUGUUGUAGUAAAAACUAUCUACGAUUGUCUUUGUUUACUUGAUGGUCAGUUUAAUCAGUUGCAUAAGUUUUAUGUUACGAUUCGGCCUCGUGGUAUUCAUGGAGAGAAAAUAGUUGGCAAUGAUGUAAGCUACUCAUAUAUUAAUCUCUUUUUCAAUGAAUAA